CAUCAAAAACAACGUUUAACUCUAAUUUUCAUCUUAAAAAAAAUUUUAUAUUUUACUUUUUUAUGGUAAAAAAAAUAGUUAAAAAUGCCUUCAAAUACACAUAUUUGCGAACUGAAAUUAAACACUUUUGGUCUGCCUAAAUUGCCGCCGAACGCGCCAUGGACCGACAGAUUUUGGAGAAAAAUUCGAAAAUUUCUAACCUUAAACCCAGACUCUCCAACUGCCAACAGAUUUUUUCGCAACCGUUCUACGAUGCUGAAUGAGCAAAAAAGACAUUUGAGAGGUUCGUGUUUUGUGAUACAUCCCUUUAGUACAUUUAACAGAAUAAGAGAAGCCAUUUAUGUAUUAAUAUGGGUAUGUGAAAUUUUCUUAACGCCAAUAUAUAUAAGUUUUUUGCUGGUCCAGCAAAAACACUUUUCUCACAAACAGGAAAAAACUGGAAGGAAAAUCUUCUUUAUUAUUGAUGACAUAGUACGUAUUUACAGAGUAAUUAUAUGUUUUCUUGGCAUCCUAAUAAAUAUUUUGUUCUUUUUUACUGGGUAUGUUGACACUUCAACUAAAGAGGUCGUUAUAGAUUUUCGUACCAUAGCAAAACAUUAUUUGUCCACCUAUUACAUUCCGGAUAUUCUUAUGAACGUCAAGUUUGGAAGUACGGGCUUUGUCUAUUUAAUGAACUUGUUUAGCCUUUGUAGAUUCAGCACAGUACUUGAAUACAUAAAAAAUAUAGUACUUAAUCUGAAAAUGAAGGAAGAGAUUUAUGUAUGCCUAAAGAUGUUUAUUAUUACCUGCAUAUUAUUGAAUGGUGCUGCCUGUAUAUACUAUUUCCUACCUUGGAUUAGCCAUGAAAGUUUUUCGAAGACCUCUUGGCCGUUUAGAGCGAAGAUCACUCCAGGACAACCCAAUUAUUCAAUUCAGAGAGCCUAUGCGAAAUCUAUUCUUCCCGUCGCAUGCUAUUUCUUUGGGGCUGGAGAAGGACCACAUAAUACUCAUGAUGAAGACAUAUUCGAUAAAUUAUGGUUGAUUUGUGUUAUGAUAACUGGAAGAGUUUGGACACUCUUCGUGAUAGCUUCCAUUCUCAAGUUAUUUAGUGUAUUAACUAUUUCCGAAAGCAAAUACGAGGAAUACUUAUUGCAGCUAGAAAUAUACAUGAGGCAGAAAAGGCUCCCACGUAUUUUAAGAGAAAGACUAUUUGAAUAUUACAGGUAUAAAUAUCAGAAUCAUUUCUUUAAUGAGGAAGCUAUAUUUGCAACUCUUUCAAAUUACCUGAAGCAAGAGCUGGUCCUCUUCGGAGCUAGAAAGCUUAUAAACAGGGUGGAUUUAUUUAAAAUAUUACCGAAAAGCAUUGUGGCAUUAUUAAUUAGCAAGUCAAAACAAGCAGUAUAUUUAUCAAAUGAUUACAUUGUUAAGCGAGGUGAUGGGGCACACGAAAUUUUUUUUAUAUCUGCUGGAACAGUUGCUGUAGCUACAGAGGCUGGUGAAGAGGUGGUGCAUCUUGAAGAUGGUGAAGAUAUUGGACUGAUUUCUCUAUUUAGUCCUGUACCAUAUAAAUACCAGUACAAUUACUAUGCCAUUGAGACCACUGAGCUUUAUUGCAUUAAUAAGAAGUUGCUUAAGGAACUUAUUUUUGACCAGGACGAUUUGUUAAAGUUUUUUUCUAAAAAAGUUUUGGAAAGAGUGGAGACCUUCAAGAAUAUUCAGAAAAAUUAUCAUGUUCGUGGCUAUGAUCUUUUGUCUGAGCUUAGUCAUGGAAAGAUUCUAGAGCGGCCACGUCUGAGACCAACAAAUUUUGAUGCUUAGAAUUGAUUUUUUUCUGAUAAUUGAUAUGUAUUUUCUAGUUAUAAUAGAAUUAUAUUUUGAGUAGUUAUUAAUAUUUGAAAAUAAAGAUGCGA